CACACGUGUGUCAGUUGUCAGAAAAACCAAAACAAAGUUUUUGUGGUGCAGGUUUUCAAUUAAAAUAAAGUGGGUUUACUUUAUUUUCUAGUAACUUGGUCAUUUAACAACAAAUAAAAUGAGUGAUAGUGAAAAUGAAAGCAUUCAGGAUCUGCUGGAAUGCGCUGAAGAAUACGAAAAUUUGAUGCGCGAGAAAUUAAAGACAGAAAAUAAAAGUAACGAAAAUAAACACAAUGCAGCAUCGAGCAACAAGAACACCACCAUCAGCGAUGACACUCAGGAACUGCCCAUGGAAAAGGUUAUAUUUGGCGAUCGAGAAGGAUUGCUCGAGAAUUUAGCGGUCGCCGUUGGUGAAUCUAAAAAAAUCAUUGAUGAGAAGAAAGCCGGGGCCGCUAGUGAGGAUGAUGAUUUGAAAGAUAGUAGAAAGCGUAAACCUGCUUGGACCGACGCGGAUGACACAGAUAUUACAUUGGGAGAAGUAAAACGCCCUACACGUUUCUCAGGUCCUCAUAAUCAUUUGCGUCAAGAUAAAUCUUACAAAGAAUACCUAACGGCACGUUAUGUACGAACUGUGCCGCAGCCAAAAUGGGCAGAGCUAGAUAACAAAAAGGUGUCUGAGGAUGCAGAGGAUGAGGCACUGCUGCAGACUGUUGGGUUUGUAGCUAAACCGGAUACGAAUACUUUAAGGCAAACGCAUUUAGAAUUCAAACGGUUGAAAGAUUUAAAUCGUGCCACAUAUGCUGAAGGUUCCAUUAGCAGUAUACAAUUUAUACCAAAGAGCACAGCAACAUUGGUAACAGGAACAUCAGGCAUAGCAACGAUAUACAGCAUUGACGGCGUGAAAAAUGAAAAGUUACACAAUAUACGUUUCGAUAAAUUCCCGAUAAUGUGUGCACGGUUGAAGCCGUGUGGCACGAAGGCUAUUUUUGGAUCUACAAAGCGGAUAUAUUAUGUGUACGAUCUUUUGUCAGCGCAGGAAAUGCGCUAUAAACUGCCCGAGGAGGUUACGACUCUGCGAAACUUUAGAAUAUCUCCAUGUGGACGUUAUAUGGCCGUCGCUGGUCGUUUCGGCAACAUGCAUGUAUUUGAUGCCUUCUCGCAAGAGCUUAUACACACAUUUAAGCAAAACGACGAUGUAGCUUCAAUGUGUUUUACAGCCGAUUCUAAAAACAUCAUAUGUAGUUCCUUGUCUUCCAAGAUCAAUAUAUUCUCUUUGACAAAGCAACGUUUGGCUCACAGCUUUAUUGAUGACGGCUGUUUAAAGGGAAGUGCAAUGGAUUUAUCGUUGGACCAACGACUUCUAGCGACGGGUAGCAUGGAGGGCGUGGUUAACGUUUAUGACUUCCAAAAGCUGCAACUUUCUACUACGCCGAAGCCAGAGAAGACUUUCUUAAAUUUACGAACAGGAAUUUCGGAUGUGAAGUUCAAUCACACUGCUGAAAUUUUGGCUAUGAGCUCCGUUGAAGUUGAUUCUGCGGUUAAGUUGGCACACUUCCCAAGCGCUACAGUCUUCUCGAAUUUCCCCAGAAAAGAUGAUAUGGGCAAAAUUCGUGUUGUGGAAUUUUCACCCAACAGUGCAUAUUUGGCGUUGGGCAGCACGUCCAAAAAAGUGAGUUUGAUGCGGCUAAAACAUUACAAAUACUAUUAA